UCAGCGGAUGUUGUUGUCAGCUGACUGCACUUCCUCCUCGCGUAUUUGUCUUUCAUGGUUUCAUCCACGCCUAUGUUCAUUUCAUACAAGCUGAAAUAUUUCUUGGAGAGGGAACACAGGCAUAAGUGAGAUGUCUGCGAAACCAACUUGUCUGAUAGUGGCGAGUGCUUCCCAGCAAGGGGUUUCAGCAAAGUCUUUCCAUCAGUCCUUCAGCCUUUGCAGCUCAGUGUUUAAUCUGCAGACAGCCACACCGGGGGGGAAGCCAAUAGACUUUACUGGAGUUGAUGAAAGCAAUGCUAGAUGGGUGCAGGACUUUAACGUGAAACCCUACGCAACACCAGCCAAACUUGAAUCCAUAGACGGUGCCCGAUACCAGGCGCUGCUCAUACCGGACUGCCCCGGAGCACUGAAUGACCUGGCACACAGCGGCUCUUUGCAUCGCAUUCUCAAGCACUUCAUCUCCCACCAAAAGCCUGUUUGUGCAGUAGGACAAGGAGUGUCGGCACUGUGUUGCGCCACCGAGGGGCAGAAGUGGAUCUUUAGUGGCUACAGCUUAACAGGGCCAUCAGUGUUUGACCUGGUGUGGAAGCCUGACUUUGCCAACCUGCCUCUGAUUGUGGAGGACUUUGUGAAAGACAGCGGGGGAUCAUACACAGCAAGUGAAGAACAUGCUGUGCACAUAGUCGUAGACAGACACCUAAUAACUGGUCAGAACAUGCAGUCAACCUCACUCGCUGUAAAUAAUCUAAUCCUGCUCUGUAGCGCUAAGUAAAAA